AGCAUUUCAUGAUACAUCCAUCUACCUAACCUCUCCAUUUACCACAAUGCAACACUUCAAUAACCAGGCGGAAAAUCAGCUGGGCAACACAGUAUCGUGCGAGCUGGAUGACUUUGAGAAAGGAGCCUGGGUGAAUCAGGCCUACAGUGGCUCUCCUGCACCCAUCAGACGCCCCAUCAGCACCAUCUACAACCCUCAGCCCAUGUUUCACAGUUCUUUGGAGAACAUGAACCAACUGAAUCUGCCUAACCCCUAUUUAGCCGAGGAUAAGGUGCGAACCCACCCCACUGAGGAGAAGAAGUCUGGAUGCUGCUCCUUUUUCUUAAAAGCCAUCAAAGGACUGUGGGGAACAGCUCUAAGAAAAGACACAAAGGAGAAUCCUGAGCUCAAUGUCAAAGCAAAUCUCAAAGAACUGGUCAUCUACAUUGUUUUCCUAGUGGAUUUGUGUCUGUUGACCUAUGGCAUGACCAGCAGCGCCACCUACUACUAUACAAAAGCUAUGACUGAUCUAUUUGUGAAUAUACCGAGUGGCAAUGGAUUCAGCUUUUACUACAUCAGCAACGUGAAUGAUGUCUGGACAUACAUGGAGGGCCCAUUACUUGACAGCCUGUACUGGACUAAGUGGUAUAAUGAUGAGCCUCUUCAGAAUGAAAAUCAAUCCUUCAUUUACUACGAGAACUUGUUGUUAGGAGUCCCCCGCAUUCGACAGCUCAAAGUGAAGAGCAACUCCUGCAAGGUGCACAAAGACUUCCAGCAGGAGAUCUCCGAGUGUUUUGAUGUGUACAGCGACAAGAAGGAGGAUGACAGCAGGUUUGGAAUGAUCAACGGAACAGCCUGGCAGUACCACUCAGAAACGGAGAUGAAAGGGUCAAAUCACUGGGGGAUACUGACCACAUACAGCGGAGCGGGAUAUUACCAAGACCUGGCAAAGACCAAAGAAGAGAGUGCAGCUAUCCUGAAUGACCUCAAAGACAACCUGUGGCUUGAUCGUGGAACUCGAGUUCUUUUCAUUGACUUCUCCGCAUACAAUGCCAACAUCAAUCUCUUCUGUGUUAUAAGAUUGGUGGUUGAAUUUCCAGCUACCGGUGGAGCAAUUCCAUCCUACCAGAUCCGUACUGUAAAGCUGAUUCGUUACGUCACCACCUGGGAUUACUUCAUCAUCGGCUGCGAGAUAGUGUUCUGUGUCUUCAUACUCUAUUACAUUGUGGAGGAGAUUCUGGAAUUCCGAAUCCACAAACUGUCCCAUUUCAACAGCAUCUGGAACAUUCUUGAUUUAGUGGUGAUACUGCUUGCUGUUGUGGCAAUAGUCUUCAGUGCAUUUCGGACCAUCAAAGUGGACAAACUACUUGGAAACCUUCUAGAACAACCUGGCAUCUACGCUGAUUUUGAAUUUCUUGCAUUUUGGCAAACCCAGUACAACAAUAUGAAUGCAGUAAAUUUGUUUUUUGCUUGGAUUAAGAUCUUCAAGUACAUCAGUUUCAAUAAGACGAUGACCCAGCUUACGUCCACUUUGGCUCGAUGUGCAUUAGACAUCUUUGGAUUCGCCAUUAUGUUCUUCAUUGUGUUCUUUGCAUAUGCUCAGCUGGGUUACCUGCUCUUUGGAAUGGAAGUAGAAACAUUCAGCACAUUUAACAAGUGCAUUUUCACACAGUUUCGAAUCAUCCUUGGAGAUUUCGAUUAUGAUGCCAUUGACAGGGCAAACAGAGUACUUGGACCAAUAUACUUCUUCUCCUAUGUGUUCUUUGUCUUCUUUGUGUUACUGAACAUGUUUCUGGCCAUCAUCAAUGACACAUACUCUGAGGUGAAGUCAGAACUGGCUUCUCAGAAAGACGAGUUCCAGAUUUCAGAUCUCAUCAAACAGAGUUAUGCAAAGACCUUUAUGAAACUGAAACUUAAAAAGGAAAAGAUCUCUGAUGUUCAGAAAACCCUGGAUUCAGGCUCAAGUGAUCUGGAGUUUAAAGAUUUCAGGGAUGCUUUGAAAGAAAUGGGUCACGCUGACCAUGAGAUCUCAGCCGCUUUCUCCAAAUUUGACCAAGAUGGGAACCAGACUUUGGACAAGCAGGAGCAGGAGAUAAUGAAACAAGAGUUGGAGGAAAAAAGGGAAGCACUCAAUGAAGAGCUUCGUAAUCUUGAAAACAAUGUUGAACCUGCAGAGGACCACAGAAAGAAGACAGUUCCUCUAGAGGACUUUCAGAGGCUUAUUCACAAAGUUGCUCAGCUUGAAAAAUCUGUGACCACUAUAAUGUCCAAACUGGAUGUUGUUAUGGAGAAAAUUAGACUUCAGACAUUCAACACAGAAAACAGAGACAUGGAUAAGCAGACGACCAGAGAAGAUGAAUCAAGACCGGGUUCAGGAGGGAAUAUUCAGGUAAACCUGGAAAGAGUCUUGGCUCAGGGAGCACCAUCCUGGUCAUUAGCUGGUCCCAUGGGGAAUAUGAGGAAUCGUUUGCACCCAGAUGUAGGAUGGCCAGUCGUCACCGAGAACAGUAGUUCUGCACGCCACUGAUUCAUCAAAACCUGACUUUAAAACUGACUAACAAAUAGGCUUAAUCUAAGCCUGAUCUGUGGAUAUAGACUCAGAUAUGACAGUAAAGAGGAAGGUAUUACUGUAGAAUAGAUGUAGUACUCUGUUACCAGCGGCACAUGAAUCUGCUUGUCUCUUCUCCAUACUGACUGUUUAACAUGCAGUCACUGUGGCUCUUAUAAGAGGGAAUAAAUAGCAAUAUGAUUGAUGGUCUUAUUAUAUUUCACUUUAAGGCUUGAUUAAUGUUUCAGCACAGUGUAAUUAAUAUAUUGUGGUGUUAAAUACAUUCCCUAUAGUUUCUGGGAAUUUUUCCAACUAUAUUAGGCCACAAACUAUUCUUCUGACCUUCCUCCCUGUUUAUGACUAUUUUCAUGAUUACUAUUGGUUCUUGUGAAACAACUUCUGUACAAUUAAGAUACAAGCAGAAAUUAAUAUUU